AUGGCGUCCGGCUUUCUCGACGCUCUCUUUCGUCGCCCGCAAAGGCUGAUCGUGCUGGUCACCAUCUUCCUCUUCGUCCUUACCUUCUCCACCUACUUGUCCUUCUCCAGCAAUGGCGUUCGGAAUGUUCGCAACAGUUGGAACUCGCUCCCCGCCUUCUCCAACCCGUGGCAAAACUCAGCUAAUGGCGCUUCCUCCUAUCCGCCACCAAAGUCGGUUGCCGACAUGUACACACACAAUCCCGGCACUCCCUCCACCAUCGAAGAGCUCUCUAAGUGGGCCCAGGUCGGCGAUGAUGGCAACCUCUAUCCACCGACCUUCAUCCCUCAGAUGGCCAACCAAGCACCUCGAGCCAAAGCUGGCUUCAUCGUUCUCGUUCGUAAUUCAGAGCUUCAGGGUAUGCGCGAGUCCAUGCGUGACGUAGAGGAAAAGUUCAAUCGCAAGUACGGCUAUCCUUGGAUCUUCCUCAACAACGAACCUUUCAGUGAAGAAUUUAAGCGUGGCGUACAGCAAAUGACCCGUAGCGAGUGCCGCUUCGGUCUAAUCCCUAAGGAACACUGGGGCUACCCCGACUAUAUCAGCCAAGAGAAGGCUGCAGAGACUCGUGUCAAGAUGAAGGACAUCAUCUACGGCUCCUCCGAAAGCUACCGUCACAUGUGUCGAUACCAGUCAGGCUUUUUUUUCCGCCACCCUCUUACCCUUGACCUUGACUACUACUGGCGUGUUGAACCCGGCAUCAAGCUCUACUGCGAUCUCGACUAUGAUCCCUUCGUCUUUAUGCAGAUGAACAACAAGACCUACGGUUUCACCAUGGCCCUCUACGAAUAUCAAGAAACCAUUCCGACUCUUUGGGAAACCACCAAAAACUUCUUCGCCGCUCACCCAGACUACCUUGCCAAGGACAACAGCCUCUACUUCUUGACCGAUCAGACGAAUAACUUCGCCGAAAGUCAGUUCUGUGGCUGCCAUAUGUGGUCAAAUUAUGAAGUGGGGGACCUCCGCUUUUGGCGCUCGAAACAGUAUCUAGACUACUUUGAUUUCCUCGACAAAGCUGGUGGUUUCUUCUACGAGCGAUGGGGUGACGCUCCCGUGCAUUCAAUCGCUGCGGGUUUGUUGCUUGACAGGAGCAGAAUGCAUCAUUUCGAGGACAUUGGCUAUUUCCACAACCCGUGGAACCACUGCCCUGCCAAUCGUAAGAAGUACCACGACACAGGCAGGUGCAACUGCGAUCCCAAGCAGUCGUUCGACCGUGAAGGCUACUCGUGCUUGCCUAGGUUCUGGAAGGGUUCUGUACAGGGCGAGCCUAAGUAG